AUAUAUAAAUCCCUAGGUCGAAACACUCUGCUCAUCUCACUUCCUCCACCACAACAAUGGCCGCCACAUCAUCCACACUUCUCCUCUUCUUCUUCCUCCUCCAAACCCUAACCCUGGGAUCCGGUACUGUCGCUGUAUAUAAGAAGACCUACAUAUUCCGCAUCAACCAUCUGAUGAAGCCUUCCAUCUUCCCUACCCACGAGCACUGGUACACCUCUCCAUCUUUCGGUGUAUCCACUCUACACAUUUACUCAACCGUUUUCCAUGGCUUCUCCGCCUCCCUCACUGCCGAACGCGCUGCCGCGCUCGGCAAUCACCCGGCCGUCCUCGCUGUCUUUCAAGACCGCCUCCGUUAUGUCCACACCACUCGAUCUCCCCAAUUCCUGGGCCUGCGGAACAAGCAAGGCCUUUGGUCCGAUUCCGACUACGGUGCGGAAGUUAUCGUCGGCAUCCUCGACACCGGCGUUUGGCCCGAGCGCCGAUCCUUCUCGGACCGCAAUAUUGGCCCCGUUCCCUCCAGAUGGCGCGGCACCUGCGAGACUGGAGAGAAUUUCCCCGGCUCGAUCUGUAACCGCAAGCUUGUUGGCGCUCGAUUCUUCUCUCGCGGCCAUGAUGCCUCCGCUGAUGCAGCUGGUGGUAUUGGCGGGAUAAACGAAACUGUUGAGUUCAGAUCUCCACGGGACGCCGAUGGCCAUGGAACCCACACUGCUUCAACGGCCGCAGGCCGCCAUGUUUUCGGGGCGAGUCUUUCUGGGUAUGCCUCCGGCAUCGCGAAGGGUGUCGCCCCAAAGGCUCGCGUCGCUGUUUAUAAGGUGUGCUGGAAGGGCUCCGGCUGUUUGGAUUCCGACAUUCUCGCCGGAUUCGACAGCGCUGUGGCUGAUGGCGUUGAUGUGAUCUCUAUCUCUAUUGGUGGUGGCGAUGGAAUCUCUGCACCUUACUACCUCGACCCUAUUGCCGUCGGCGCAUUCGGCGCUGUCUCAAAGGGUGUCUUUGUCGCAUCAUCCGCCGGUAAUGACGGCCCUACCGCCAUGUCUGUCACUAACCUCGCUCCCUGGCUCACCACUGUAGGCGCUGGGACAAUCGAUCGGACUUUCCCCGCCGACAUCGUUCUUGGCGACGGCCGUCGGCUCUCCGGCGUUUCCCUUUACUCCGGUCCGGCCAUCGACGGUCAAAUGUACCCAUUAGUCUACCCAGGCAAAUCCGGCGGCCUUCCAGCUUCCCUCUGCAUGGAGAACUCCCUUGAUCCGAAGCUCGUGAAGGGGACAAUCGUCGUCUGUGAUCGUGGAAGUAGCCCGCGAGUUGCGAAAGGCCUCGUCGUGAAAAACGCUGGCGGCGUCGGAAUGAUACUCGCGAAUGGCAUAUCCAAUGGCGAAGGACUUGUCGGCGACGCCCACGUUCUCCCCGCCUGUGCAGUCGGCUCCGACGAAGGCGACUCCGUGAAAUCCUACAUUACCGCGAACGCUAACCCUACUGCUACGCUCGCUUUCCGUGGAACCAUUAUCGGAGUGAAGCCCGCCCCCGUCGUCGCCUCCUUCUCCGGCCGCGGACCUAACGGUCUCACGCCAGAGGUUCUCAAGCCGGACCUUAUCGCUCCGGGAGUUAACAUCCUCGCCGCCUGGACUGAUGCCGUUGGCCCCACCGGACUAGACUCCGAUCACCGGAAAACCGAGUUCAACAUUCUCUCCGGGACUUCCAUGGCAUGCCCUCACGUCAGCGGCGCAGCCGCGCUGCUCAAAUCGGCGCAUCCUUCAUGGAGCCCGGCUGCCAUCCGAUCGGCGAUGAUGACGUCGUCCAAUCUAGUGGACAACACUCUUCAGCCGGUGACCGACGAGGGCACUGGCGAACCGGUUACGCCACUGGACAUCGGCGCCGGUCAUCUUAAUCUUUACAAAGCCAUGGACCCGGGACUGGUGUACGAUAUGGGCUACGCCGAUUACGUCACCUUCCUUUGCGCCUUGGAGUACGAACCCAAAAUGAUUCAGAUCAUCACUCACUCGCCGGUGACGUGCCCGGCCAAGCGUCCACAGCCGGAAAACCUUAAUUACCCGUCGAUCAUGGUUGUUUUCGAAGGCGCGGCUUCUGUGAACCAGAGCAAGACGGUCGUGAGGACGGUGACGAACGUGGAGGCGGCGGGGUCUGGAGUUUAUAAGGCGAAGGUGUCCAUGGUUAGUGGUAAGGGGUUAGCCGUAAGUGUGAAGCCAGGAAAGCUGGUUUUCUCGCCGGCGGUGAACAAGCAGAGCUUCGCCGUGACUGUCACCGUGACGGCGGUAACGGCUGCUGGUGAUCCGGGUUCCGCCCCCGCAGCCGACUACGGAUAUUUAACGUGGUCUGAUGGGACGCACGAGGUCCGUAGCCCUAUCGUGGUGUCGAGGAUCCAGCCGUUGUGAUCGUUAAAUAUACAGUGUUGGCCGUGAGAGACAGCAGAAAUAUGUGUAAUUAAAGGUUUUUUUUUCUUCUCGUGUUCUUAUUUGUAGCAGUUUUAAUGUUUUUGGCUAUAUGCGAUGUGUUAUAGGCGAAAUGUCACGUGCUAGCCAUGUGACUAAUUGGGUAGCAAAGAUCCGAACUCAUCAAUCAGAACUAAUUCAGUGGGGGGCAUGAACUUUAUGCUUUGUACGAAAAUGCAUAAUUGUAAUUUGGGAAGUAAUGUGGGGUUAAAUGGUUAAUGAUGAAGCUAUUGUUAAUAACUUUUCAUUACA